UUAGCCAAAAGAACAUUUAUUGGAAUUCUGUUAAUCAUACCGUCGAUUAAUUAAAAAAGAGAGAUAUUGAAAUAAUUUUAAAAUAUUAAUUCUUCAGUGUACAUUUAGUCAUUAGCACUAUCUGUACCCAUAAAUGGUCACUUUUUCCUAAAUUUGACCUGAAGCUAUUAUCAAUAAAGUUGAUCACAAAUCUGCAACUAAAAUAACUCAGUGAUUCAGUCAUACACAGCGUAAAACCUGACGCAUAUGUAUAUCGCGUCAAGUUAUCACAAAGAGAUGAAACUGUCAGAACGAAUCCCAUGGUGUAGGUAGUAACAGGUUUAGUGGCGAUAGAAAAAACUAGGCAUAACCGAUAGAAUUUGAGGGAAUAUGGAUUAGUUGGAUGAAGAAAAUUUACAAGACAAUUUAGAACAUCUCGAUCAAAGGGAAGACAAAUAGUAAGUGCACCUCCGCCACUACGAACGCCUUUGAGCCGUGUCACCUAAAGUCUAACCACUGGUUGUGAUAAUUACGCGGACAUCGACCAAGUAGUCCGCAUCUACCUGAAUGGCUCAGUCCAAUGAUUAGUGUCCAAAUGAACUGAUGUCACAUCUAGCUUUCACCCAACCUAAGAAACUACAUAAAUCGAGAAUAACACAAUUUUAUGCUUUGAUUUGGGUUGAGAUAAGAGAUAUUAAUUCGUUUUUUUUAUUUUGAACAAAGAUUUCAAACUUUUCUGAAAGGGACUCAGCUUCUAUAAAAACCCAUCUUCUCACUAACAGUAGCCACAUUUUGAAUUUUUUAGACAAAAGUAAGAUAAUUUCAGUGUGAUUCCUAUUUAUACAUUGAACACAGCUGCUCAGUAAAUCGUUUUUGGCCAAUUAAGCAGUUUAUACUAACACCUAGCUAUAUAUGAUUAGCUUUAGAGAUAUUUUUCGUCACAGACUGACUUUAUUUGACAAACUGUUAAAAACCAGGGCACAACUGGCGGACAUUGUCAAAACAGCUAAUGUCAACUACUCAAAUAAUCAAGAAACGAACUUGAUAGAAUAUAUGUUGUAGACUAACUAACUUUCCAUAACAAUCAGUGACGUUUACUUCGUCUACUCAGUAUAUUAUUUUGUGUAUGUCGGAAAUGCACAUAACACAGUGGAUCAAGAAAUCGUCGUCUUAUGACAGCUAUUGAAACACAGAUCAGAACUAAUGUUUUCAGUAUUUAGAAACAGGAGAGCAGAUACAUAAGACAAGUAUCUCUGUAUACCCGUCAUAUUAAAAGACUAGUAUUUGAACGAAGAAUAUUCUUGUCGAUAAAUUCUCUUCAGGUUCUACAAUUAUAUAUCCAAAUUAAUAAUCCGAUAAAUGGCCAGGUUAAGGGCAAAGUACAUCGUUAAAAGCAUGUGAAUUUAGGAUUAUGACAACAAAAUACAGUAAAAUUGUUAAUAUUAAUAUGACUCAUAUAGAAUGUUAACUUGAAUCUGCGUAUAUGUUAAGUGAGAUUUAAGAUCCAUGAUCAGAAUGAAUAUGGGUCAAGUAGGGUGAUAGAAACUCCGCCUGGAGUCCCUCCGGGGGCUACUGCCAGUCCCAAGCCCGGAUAAAGGAGGAGGGUUGGGCAUGGGGUUAGCGUCCCCAUCCCGUAGAAAACUAACUCUCUAAAAAAACGCUAACCAGAAAAAAUUAUUCAAACCUUUUAAACUCUGCCCUGAGAGUCAGAAGGUCUUCAUUUAGAAGAACUAUGACGCCUCAUGAUGAAAGCCGAAUUAUUUCGGAAGUUACGAGGUCGAUACCCUUUCUGACAACCAGAGCGACCAUUUAUUGAGGUACAUGGAAUGUUCGUACAAUGUGGGACACCGGGAGAGUCUUCCAAAUUGCUGCAGAAAUGAGAAGAUACAACCUAGAGGUACUUGGGAUCAGUGAAACACAUUGGAUACAAGUUGGACAACAACGACUAACUACAGGAGAGCUCCUGUUAUACUCCGGCCAUGAAGAAGAAAAUGCACCACAUACACAAGGAGUCGCAUUGAUGCUGUCCAAACAAGAGCAAAAUGCACUUAUAGGAUGGGAAUCUCAUGGACCAAGGAUCAUCAAAGCCUCGUUCAAAACAAAGGAAUUGGGCAUUUCAAUGAACAUCAUCCAAUGCUAUGCGCCUAACAACGACUACAAUGAAGACGCUAAAGAUCAAUUCUACAAUAGGCUGCAGUCAAUCGUCGAGAAGUGCCCAACAAAGGACCUGACCAUUCUGAUGGGAGAUUUCAACGCCAAGGUUGGAACGGACAACACUGGAUAUGAAAACAUCAUGGGACGACACGGACUGGGAGAAAGAAACGAAAAUGGUGAGAAAUUUGCAAAUCUAUGUGCCUUCAAUAAGCUGGUCAUAGGCGGCACCAUAUUCCCACAUAAACGCAUACACAAAACCACAUGGACUUCACCGGAUCACUCUACACAAAACCAAAUCGACCAUAUUUGCAUCAACAAAACGUUCAGAAGGACUAUAGAGGACGUGAGAACCAAGAGAGGAGCACAUAUAGCAUCAGAUCAUCACUUGCUGGUCGCCAAGAUGAAAUUGAAACUCAAGAAGCACUGGACAACGGGGCGGACAAUAUCACAAAAGUUCAAUACGGCCUUUCUUCAGGAUACUAACAAACUCAACAAAUUCAAGAUAGUCGUCAGCAACAAGUUCCAGGCCUUUCAUGAUCUACUCAAUGGAGAAGGAACUACUGUGGAGAGCAACUGGAAGGGGAUCAAAGAGGCAAUCACUUCAACAUGUCAUGAGGUCCUGGGUCACAAGAAGCACCAUCACAAGGAAUGGAUCACUGUUGAUACACUGGAUAAGAUUCAAGAAAGAAGGAACAAGAAGGCAGCAAUCAAUACCAGUCGAACAAGAGCAGAAAAAUCCAAGGCACAAGCUGAAUACACAGAAGUAAACAAACAAUUGAAGAAAUCAGCAUGGCCAUCAGACAAAUCAAGAGUGGCAAAGCAGCAGGACCGGACAACAUCCCAGCAGAGGCACUAAAAGCAGACGUAGCGGCAACUGCAAGGAUACUCCACAUUCUCUUCAAUAAGAU